AAAUACAGUUGUAAGACAUCUACUUCACAUUAAAUUUUAAGCACAGCAAGAAGUUUUGUUCCAAGUAACAUCGGAGACAUCACAUUUGCUGUCAAUGCAAAAUCGAUAAUAAAAAAUGUCACGUUGGCUGAAUUAGGAAAACAUCCCAGAUUAUCGAAGGUUUUCUCAUUCCUACCUUUUUCUCCCCUCACUAUCGAAUGGGUAGUUGAAUAUUUGUCAGUCAGAUUUGGAGACACAGAAAGCUCUUGAAGAUCUGAAACUGUUCUCACAUAUUGGUGGAUAGGGAUUCUUAAUUUUUGGUGGGCAGCAGGUCGUCCGCAGAAGCAUUCAAUUGGGUAAAUGGGUAGUUUCUAUUGAUUGAAGAUUACAGGCAGUACUGUUUUCGGGUAAUGGAUCGGCUAAGAAUAGCAGAAUCCUCAGGUGGCUCGUCUGCUGCAACGGCUCUGUCUUCUGAUAAUAUAAAUGGACUUGUACUUGCCCUCUCCUCCAGUCUUUUUAUUGGUGCCAGUUUCAUUAUCAAGAAAAAGGGUCUUAAACGAGCAGGAGCUUCAGGGAUUAGGGCAGGUGUAGGAGGCUACUCUUAUUUGUACGAGCCGCUCUGGUGGGUAGGCAUGAUUACCAUGAUUGUUGGAGAGGUUGCCAACUUUGCAGCAUAUGCAUUUGCUCCAGCUAUUCUUGUAACUCCCUUGGGAGCAUUAAGCAUCAUUGUCAGCGCAGUUCUUGCACAUAUUAUCUUAAGGGAGAAAUUGCAUGUAUUUGGCAUUCUAGGUUGUGUUCUUUGUGUUGUUGGAUCCACGACAAUUGUUUUGCAUGCACCUCAGGAGAGGGACAUAGAAUCUGUUAAGGAAGUAUGGAACCUUGCCACUGAGCCAGCUUUCCUGUUAUAUGCGUCUUUAGUCAUAGCAGUGGUUCUUGUUCUUGUCUUCCACUUUGUGCCACUUUAUGGUCAUACACAUAUUUUGGUUUACAUCAGCAUUUGUUCGCUUAUGGGAUCCCUUUCGGUCAUGAGUGUCAAAGCAUUAGGAAUUGCUUUGAAGCUUACGUUUUCAGGGAUGAAUCAACUAAUAUAUCCACAAACUUGGUUAUUUGCCUUGGUUGUCAGCACCUGCAUUAUUACACAAAUGAAUUAUUUAAACAAGGCUUUAGACACAUUUAAUACGGCAGUUGUGUCACCCAUUUACUAUGUAAUGUUCACAUCACUCACCAUCCUUGCAAGCAUAAUCAUGUUCAAGGACUGGGAUAGACAGAACCCAUCUCAGAUUGUAACAGAAAUGUGUGGUUUUGUAACAAUCCUCUCUGGCACUUUUUUACUCCAUAAAACCAAGGAUCUCGGUGAUAAUUUAUCUUCAGGAAUAGCUGGAUAUACAGGCAUUCCAACAUCACACUCGUCACGCAAUUCUAAGCGUCCUGAGGAUGAUGGUUUCAUAUCUGAAGACAUACCACUUCGUCGGCCAGAUUCCUUUAGGACACCUGUAUGAGGUCAUUUGUAUGGACAUUUCAUGUAAUUCUCUUCGAGGAUAUUUCAUGUAAUUCUCUUCGAUUAUUAUUGGCAAAAAAAAGGAGUUCCCUUAUUUGGAGGAGUUUCUUCUCACUUUAGCGUGACCAGUUAAGUCAAAAUAUUAGAUUCUGGUGCACGGUGAACAGAUAGCUUUGUAAUUAUACAAAGCUCAAAGUGUAAUCAUGGUAGCAGAGUUGAGUUGUAUAAUCUGCGCUUCAGGUUAUGCCAUAUUUCAUUUAAGAUCCAUUUUCUUAAUAAUCUGGACAGAGCCAGCUGCUGCUUAAUGGCAAAGUGUAUUUUCCCUCAAUAUUUUAUGGCAAGUUGCAAAUCUUUCUGCUCGAUUGGGCAUGUAUUUUGAUUUUUGUCAGAGAACUAUCUUUUCUUCAGUAUUCUGAUCACAUUAUUACAUCCUUUAUUGUUCUACUUUAUUGAUCCAAAUAACCGGAGCUGUAGUUCGACAAAGCUUGUAAAACUUGUAUCGGUUUGUUUUUGGCUCUCCAUAUAUGCUCUCAAUCCAGAAGAAAACUUGUAAAGUUUAUGAUGAA